AUGAACGAGCUCUCUAUAUUCUUCAAAUUCAGGGCCGCAGUAUUCAAUUUCAGUCACCAACCGAAUGUAGUUCUCAUCACCUUCAUCAGCCUGGUGUUCACAACCUUGCUAUGUGUCGAGCUAUUCGUGAGGUGGGACGCGUCGGAUAGCUCCCAGAGAAAAUUAGUGUUAGUGUUAGUGCUCAUCAACUCGUGCACGUCUGUUGUCUUGCCUGCACUAUUCAUCGUCCCGUUCAAAUCGUGGCUGGAUGGUGUGCAAGUAUUCUCUCUGUUCCUAUUUCAGCUUGGAACUGCUGUCAUCUUCACACUCUGGAGUCCGACGUUUUUGUGUCCUGGCCAAGCCACCACCACUACAUGCAGACAAAUCAAUGUGUCUAUUCUCGUAGGUAGCUGGGUGACGCCUACACUGCUUCUAGUAUAUGCUGUGGGUUGGGCUGUUUUACUCUUCCGGAACUGGCGACAUGCCGGCGUGUUGACGCUGCCAGAGAAACGCCAGUCAGAGCUACCAAUGAUGUCGCCACCCCCAGACCCUGAAUCAAGGAUGGGCAGCCUUUCUAUUCCGUCGGGCAUUUUUGACGGUGCAGCACCUCCCUUGCCUCCCCAAUCCUCAACGGGGCUGUUUACCAGCAAUAGCCCGAAACACAAGUCUUCUUCAGAGGAAGAUCGCUCUACUACUCGCUCCUCCGCCAGGCUGUCAAAGCCUAUACCAAAAUGGUUCUACUAG